UCUGCGCAGGCCUGCCGGGGGAGGCGUUCCCGGUCUGGAGCGGAGCUCGGGACGCUUCGGCUUCGGGCUCAGUGUGGACGCGUAGCUCGCCGGGGAGAGACGUCGCUCUCCGCACUGGUGGAUACGCGCCAUGGUGUUCGUCUUCGAAAAAGCAGUUUUUAAGUCACUAAGUUAAAGCUGGGGACGUACGUUGUACUCGUGAAUCCGACGUGUGGUGAGCGGCAGACGGAUGGUUGUGCGGCGUCUCCGCGGUUAGCCUGUCUUUGUUCGGCCGUCACGCCUUCACCUGCGGUAUGGAUCAUUUAGAGAAGGAGCCCCGGUCAGACGAAGAGACUGAGUAUGAAGACGAGGAAGUGGACCCCAGAAUCCAGGGAGAGCUGGAGAAACUCAACCAGGCCACUGACGACAUCAACAGAUGUGAGACGGAGCUGGAGGAUGCAAGACAGAGGUUUCGCUCGGUGCUGAUGGAAGCCACGGUGAAGUUGGACGAACUGGUGAAGAAGAUUGGCAAAGCUGUGGACGACUCCAAGCCGUACUGGGAGGCCCGCAGACUGGCCAGACAGACUCAGCUGGAGGCCCAGAAGGCCACCCAGGACUUCCAGAGAGCCACCGAGGUCCUGCGGGCGGCGAAGGAGACCAUCUCCCUGGCCGAGCAGCGGCUCCUGGAGGAGGACAACCGGCAGUUUGACUCUGCCUGGCAGGAGAUGCUGAACCACGCCACCCAGCGGGUGAUGGAGGCAGAGCAGUCCAAGACCAGGAGCGAGCUGGUGCACAAGGAGACAGCGGCCAAAUACACAGCAGCGACUGGCCAUAUGAAGCAGCUGGAGAAGAAACUCAGACGCACCAUCAACAAGUCCAAGCCCUACUUUGAGAUGAAGACGAAGUACUAUCUGCAGCUGGAGAACCUGAAGAAGACAGUGGACGAGCAACAGGCCAAGCUGACCCAGGCCAAAGGAGAGUACAAGUCGGCCCUCAGGAACCUGGAGAUGAUCUCCGACGAGAUCCACGAGCGACGACGGAGCUCCGCCAUGGGUCCCCGGGGUCGCGGUGUGGGUGCAGAGGGCGACAGUGUAUCAGGAGACAACUUUAUGAGCUUGAAGAUGGAGUCGGACGAAAUAUCGAUGGCGUCUAUGUGCUUCGAUGAUGAGGUUUGUGGCAGUAACAUCAUGUCUGAAGAAGACUCAGAGACUCGCUCCACAUGCAGUCUGGGUUCAUUUCCCAGCAGCCCCCAGGAGCUCCUGUCACCCUGUCCCUUUGUCAGCUCAUCCUCCUCUGCCUCCCCGUCACUGACUCCCGUCUCCUCGUCCUCGUCCUCCCCGACCCCUGUGUCCAGGCCUUGCAGUCUGGAUCUUCCCAGCACUGUGUCGCUGUCAGACUUCGGCCUCAUCUCGCUGGUGCUCGGGCCUCGCAGCGAAUGUAGCGGAGCGUCGUCACCUGAAUGUGACCUGGAGAGAGGCGACCGGGCAGAAGGUACAGAGGGCGACUUGGACAACGCUCCCACCGCCACCAAAAACUGCUCGACUUCCAGCACCAAGAAGAGCUUCAGCCUGGAAUCACGCUUCAGCUUUCUGAACCUGCGCCGCCCCCGAACCGACAAUGGCAAAAACACAGACAGCUGCUGCCAGAAGGGCGAGCCCAGGCAGACGGUGGUCCUGGUCAAAGGAGUCUGAGAGACACAGGAGAGUCUGUCAGAGAGAUUCAGACUGAUAAACUGUUCAUAAGCUAGUUGCCACAACUGCACUCCGUUCCCACACUCCAUGGUCAAACAGACUGAAUGUCAUGGUUGGUGUCUAUACUGUGGUUACCUGUACCCAGCUGUGGUGUGACUCCUGUCUUACGAAGGCCUCUGCACCUUUGGGCUCUCAUGCCUGAGAACUAAAGAGCACUUAUGUUGAAAAAGUCUAGGUGAAGGGUGAUGAAAGGAAAGACAUGGGUCCAGCAGAAUCAUCAUUGUUUCCACUGAAAGCUGAAAAGCUUCUGUCACUAAAGUAGAACUAGCUGCCUGUGUACAACCUGUGAUAAGUGAUUUGAUUGUUCCAUCAGAAUUGUUCACUGGCACUUACUGUAGCAUGCACAGGUGGUCUUCUGCUUCAUUUAACAGUUAACGAAAGUCAGUCGUGGGGAUGUUCAAUAAAUUUCCGCUGUUAAACUUCUA